AUGGCGCCAGACAGAGGCUCCGAGGACCACUACCUCCUCCGCGACGACGACAGCAGCGACGACAAUGGCGAGGAUCUGGACUACACCACCUCCCGCAGCAUCGCCCAAGAGCCCAUCGGCCAGGAACCCGACCCAGACUUCCUCGCAAAGCGCAGCGAACAGCCCCAAUUCACCUUCCGCGCCCUCUUCCUCGGCCUCCUCAUCGGCGUCCUGAUAGCGUUCUCUAAUACCUACUUUGGAUUGCAAACAGGAUGGAUUUCUGGCAUGGCCAUGCCGAGCGCCUUAAUCGGCUUCGCGUACUUCAAGGGCUUGCGAGCGCUGAUGUGCAGAAUGGGCGAGACGUUUCAGAGGCUGGGCUGGGGGGAGGGGUUCAGUGAGGUUGAAAACGUUCUGGUCCAGACGGUCGCGGGCUCGGUAGGGACCAUGCCGCUUGGCUGCGGAUUCGUCGGUGUGGUGCCGGCGUUGGAGUUUCUGUUGAAACCGGACGAGACGCCAGAAUCAGCUUCAACAGAUCCGGACAUUGUGAGUGCGUUGGCGACAGCAAGGGAGAUUGGGGGACUGCAGCUGCCGCUGGGGAAGCUGAUAUUGUGGGCGCUCGGGCUGUGCUUCUUUGGGGUUGUGUUUGCGGUGCCAUUGAGGAAGGAAGUGAUUGUGAGGGAGAAGUUGCGAUUUCCGUCGGGGACGGCUACGGCGCUCAUGAUUGGAGUGCUGCACGGUGGUGAGAAGAGCGGCGCGGAGGGUGAGAUGGAGCAGAGACAGAAGGCGAAGAAGGCAAGGAGCAGUAUUGACGAUGACGAGGAAGAGCGCUUGAUGGGCGACGUUUCUCCAGCAGUAGUGCAGGAUUCUGGAAACAACACAGACAGUGAGGGCGACGAUUUCAAUCAGUCGAAGAACGAGGACAGGAUGAAGAAGGACUGGCAGAAGCAGAUCCGACUGCUGAUGUACUCGUUCGGUGUCAGCGGUGUCUAUACACUUCUCACCUACUUCAUCCCUCAACUGCAUAGUCUUCCCAUCCUGGGCACCCACCUGUCUAAUGUGUGGCUGUGGAAUCUCAAUCCCAGCCCAGCGUACGUCGGCCAAGGCAUCAUCAUGGGACCAGCAACGACGAUCCAUAUGUUCAUCGGUGCCGUUCUUGGCUGGGCUGUUUUAUCGCCGCUGGCCAAGUCCAAAGGCUGGGCAGCUGGAGAUGUUGGAGACUGGAACACGGGAUCUAAGGGUUGGAUUGUCUGGAUCAGCUUGGCUAUCAUGCUAGCAGAUGCCAUUGUGAGCUUAGGAUGGCUUAUCCUACGACCGACAAUCUGGUACACACGCAUCUAUGCUCCCGAAAUCAUCAACAGUAUCCGACAACACGGUCUCCAACACACGGUGGCUCAUUUCACGUCCUCCGCUACUCGUGGCUAUUCUCCUGUAAAUCUCAACGAUCCUCUCACGACGACCAACACCAACAGCACUUCAAAAUCUGCCAGCGCCGGCUUCGAUGACGAGGAAGACUACGAUGCUCCGCCCCAUCAUCAGAUCGGGGUCAAAACCACUCUCGUCGGUCUCGUCUUGACCCUCGCCUUCUGCGUCUUCGCCGUUCAAUAUUCAUUUGCUGGCAUCAUCUCCAUCGGCCUUACUCUCCUCGCCCUCCUACUGGCCCUUCUGCUUUCCAUCAUGGGUGUACGGGCUCUCGGCGAGACCGACUUGAACCCCGUCAGCGGUAUUAGCAAACUCACUCAAUUGAUCUUCGCGCUCGUAACACCAACGAACUCAAAGAAUGCAGUAGUCAUCAACUUGCUCGCGGGCGGAAUUAGCGAGGCCGGCGCAUUGCAAGCUGGUGAUCUGCUGCAAGAUCUCAAGACCGGGCAUCUUCUGGGCGCAAGUCCGAAAGCUCAGUUCUACGGCCAACUUAUCGGAUCUGGCGUUGGCGCUGUGGUAAGCGCGGCGGUCUACAAACUCUACACUAACGUCUAUAAGAUCCCUGGCGGUCUAUUCCAGGUCCCCACCGGCUUCGUCUGGAUCUUCACCGCGCGACUGGUGACCGGCUCGGGACUACCCUCGCACACGCCUACCUUUGCCGCUGGCGCAGCCAUUCUCUGGGCUCUGAUCACCGCUUUGCGGAUCUACGGCGGGUCUCGCCGGCAGCCGGACGGCUCGAAGGGUGCGUGGUGGGUUCCGUAUGUGCCAGGAGGUAUCGCUGUUGCGGUAGGCAUGUACAAUACUCCCUCUUUUACGCUUGCGCGCACAGCGGGAGGCUUGUUGAUGUGGUGGUGGACGAGAUGGAGGGGGAGAGAGGAGACGCCGAUGAUUGUGCUGGCGUCGGGGUUGAUUUUGGGUGAGGGGUUGGUUAGUAUUGUCAACCUUGGGCUGGCUAGUGGGAGGGUGUGGCAUCUGUGA